GCUGGCAUGGGAGCUGAUGUAUGAGAAUCGCCAAGUUGCCCGGGCCAGGAGUGCAGAAAGAACAGGAACGGCCGUGCCUUGACUUGACACCCUGAGGAUCUCUGGCUAAAUUCAGCGGUCUGUUUCUCCGGACACCAGAUAUAAGUUUCCUUGCCUCCAGGAGCUGACUCGUCAUCCUUUGAAAGGCCAAUGUCUGCUUCCAGAAUACGCUCCCUCUCGUCUUUCUUUUUUCUCUGAGCUGCCUUGAAGAAUCUAAUAAUGGGGCAGACGCGCUACUCACGACCGGUAUAUCCAGCUCCCUCUUCCGAGGAAGUGGAUCAUCCGCUGAGCGAUGGUGGGAUGGGAGCCGAUGCACUGGAAUCUGGCGAUACUACUCCUCCCUCCAAGAGGAAAAGCAAAUUCGCAGGUUUUGGCAAGAUCUUUAAACCUUGGAAGUGGAGGAAAAAGAAAACCAGUGGCAAGUUCAAAGAGACUUCAGAAGUUUUAGAACGAAAGAUUUCAAUGCGAAAGCCAAGAGCGGAGCUCAUUGAAAGAGGGGUUCUGUUUGAAGACCCUGAACAGGAUGGAGAAGAGUUGGACAAAAGCAGCCACACAGCACUGAAAAAUGGACACACAAUCCCCAUUGACUGCUCUGGGAUCGCUGGCCUAGAAUACGUGGAGGAAGAGCCCGGGAAAAAGCCAAGCCUUAAGAAGCCCGUUCCUUCAGAGGAACCAAAGAAAUCACAAGGAUGGUCUGGUGGUCACCUCAAUUCGGAACCGGCACCCAAUCCUGAAUCUCAUGCCCCCAGGCAACCUCUGCUUCCUCCAAAACGGCCGUUGUCACAGCCCACUUCCCAGGAGGCGAGCGACACAUAUGUGCCGGAUCUUGUCCCUACCAGCACUGCAAGGACUAUGCCUUCCUCCACAACAGCAGCAGCCACCAGCGCAGCAAAGGGGGCCAAUUAUUCCACCGCUCCUUCCCCGGCCCCCAGGACUGUGCCCUCUGCUUACACAAAUGCCUACACGACCGCUCUCACGAGCACUACCAACACAGUCCCUGCCAAGCAGCCCCCCGUCCCACCUCCAAAGCCAGUUAAUAGGAAUAGCAACCCUUUAAUAGUUGAGUUGUCUCACGCGAUCAGUAGUGGCUUGAAACCUUCUCCGCCUUUGCCUCCAAAAAGAGGCAUCCCGUUGAACAUGUCGUCAUCGCUCGAAAUGGCCGCUGCCCCCAAGUCGCCCAGCGACAGGAUCGUGCCAUCGUCCCAUUGCCUUUCCUCGAUCCCAGGGCACCUGUCACCUCAACCGCCACCCUCUCCGUCGCCCCCUCCACCUGCUCACAUUCCUCCCGAACCCCACUACGUUCCACUGCCUGCUUCCAUCCAUGAGGCAGGCCUCCCACUUUCCCCCGAACAGCUGACGGAGGCCCACCAGGAUGGGGUCUCAAGUCUGGAGGCGGCCAGGAGGGCGGCCGAGCAGGGCUUUGGAGAGCCCCAUGUGCCUCCCCGGCUGCCCCAGCUCCCUCUGCACAUCCUCAUCCAGCAGGCUUUGACGAGCCCCCUGCCAGCGACCCCACCGGGGGAAGGGUCGCACAGGGCCCACUCGCUGCUUUUUGAAAACAAAGGCCCCUUUGAGGAAAACGGCUCCGUUGGCAGGACAAGGUCGCUUCCGGUUACCAUCGAGAUGCUGAAAGUUCCAGAUGAUGAUGAAGAGGUAGAGGAUGUCCAAGAAGACGAGCACCAUUCCAGUUCCCAUGUUUACAUUGGGGAGGACCCGACAGUCACAGUCAUCCCCAGGCUAGCACUGCAAACAGUUCAGGAUGAAGAAGAGGGGCCCAGUGACUCGGACUCAGAGGGACCUGUUCUGUACAAGGAGGACUCAGAGGAAGAUGAUGACGAUGAAAGCCAUAACAGUGCACUAGCCAACAAGGUUAAAAGAAAAGACACCCUUGCCAUGAAACUGGGCAACAUGGCCCCGCGGCAGGAGUUACAAGAAGGGAACACUUUUCCCAAGGAGGAGUGGAAUGAAAUCCGACAGCAGAUCGGGACGACGUUGAUCAGGCGGUUAAGUCAAAGACCGACAGCAGAAGAGUUGGAGCAAAGGAAUAUCCUUCAGCCAAAAAAUGAGGCUGACCGGCAGGCGGAAAAGCGGGAAAUCAAACGGAGGCUCACCAGAAAGCUUAGCCAAAGGCCCACGGUGGCUGAGCUGCAGGCAAGGAAGAUCCUGAGGUUCCACGAGUACGUUGAAGUAACAGAUGCUCAGGACUACGACAGGCGAGCCGACAAGCCCUGGACGAAAUUAACACCUGCUGACAAGGCUGCCAUCCGGAAAGAGCUGAACGAAUUCAAAAGCUCUGAAAUGGAAGUCCACGAAGAGAGCAAGCAAUUCACUCGGUAUCAUCGGCCAUGAACGUGUUUCUUUUUUAUAUAUAUAAACAAAGCAAUACCAUCAGAAGGAAAGAGGAUUGCAGUGUUUGCUAUGUUAUCCCAGUGAGGAGGAACUUUGAGGUUUGCCCCAGAUUUGCCUUUGCAACAUAUCCAGGAAGUGACUUUCUGCAGGGAACGGAAAGGGUGUGCGUGUAGGGUUAGAACCUUUGUCAAAAGUAGCAUAACGUCUGGAAGGAAUUUGUCUCAAGUGCCAUCAGAUCACAAUGGGAAAAAAACAUUAACAACAAAACACAAUACCUCACACAAUUAGCAAUACUGCUUGCAGCCAGAGAUCAGCCCCUGGCUUGGAUUUGUUGUGCAUGGCUCCAUCAUAUGAAUGGGUAAUGCGCCCCACAGUUCCUGUCUGUGCUCUCUGGCCACGUUGUCUACUGUAAAUAUGUUCUGCCGAACUGAUUAAUAAUUGCUUUGUCAAAGAAGAAAGAAGAUUGGAGCUCUUACCAAGAGAUCUGAAGCAAGCAAACUGGGAGUGUAUGUGUAUGUGUGUAUGUUUGUGUCUGUGUGUUUGCUGUGUUUUACAAAUGAAGCUCAAAAAAAUCGAUACCAUCCUGGCAGAAAGCUGACACAUUACUAUUUUAUGUUCUUUUGGUGUACUAAAUAUUCAGAAUCACUACUGACCAAUUUUUUUCCUGUUGUCCUAUGGCAGAAUUGUAUAGUUUUUUAAACAGCACAUGCUGAGUCUUGUAAAAAUGUUUUAAUUUUUUUCCCCGACAGCAAAAACAGCACCCUCCAAACUUGCAGUGAAGUAAGAAACCUCACACACACAAAAAUACUUCCACCUGUUUAACAGGAGCCUGAAAUGAGUUGCCUUGGUGAAGCAGUGGCAUGGAAUAUACUGUAAAUAUUAUUUUUUAAGUCAUAGCUUCCUCUUUUUCUUUUUUAAAAAAAUGGUUUUUCAGAACCAGAGCAAAACUUGCCUUUUCUUAGUCCUGUAGCAAAAUUUUAUUUGAAGGUUCUAAAUUUUUUGCCCCCAGAAAAAGGGCUUAAAAUCUGACUUUUUUAAAUAGUGAGAAGCAAACGGGGCAUCCCUUUUUAACCCCUCCCCCCCCCAAGCUUUUAUGGAAUGGUUGAGAAUGAUGCCCUGAGGCACUGCUGGGACGGAAGGCAAAGUGGGAGGCAGAGAUGAUGAAUACGGGGCUUGGGGUGGGGGUUGUUUUAAAUGUUAGCGGUUCUGUUUCGAUCAAUGGUUCCUGGCUGUACUUCUACUUCCCUGUUCUCACUUCAGUUGCAUUAUCAAGGGUCAUCGGAGGAGACGCAAGUCCGUAUUGAUUGCUAGCCGGUCUUCCACAGCUGAAGAUGUCCCAUGUGACCUUGAGUAGGCUGGCCUUAAGAGGCCUUGGUGUGCUUAUACUGCCAUUGAUUUCUCCAAUUGCCAGACACAUGGGGAGCGAGGCCAUCCAAUGCGAGAGAGGGAACAGGCCUCCUUGAAUCUUUCAGUAGCCACAUCAGAUAGGAUUUCACGAUGUGGCUUUUUCCCACCAUGCUCACAGAUGAGAGAGGCUGUCACCAGAUGCAAUUCUCUCAUCUCGUAUUUAAAGGUUCACAUGCCCCAGCCUCCUAGUUGGACUCAAGUCACCUUAUUGACGAGCGAGGAGACCAAGGCAUGGGAAUCCCAAGCACUGUCGUCAUGCCUGUGACUCUUCCCACCUCCACUUCAGCUUUGAACCUCUUUUUGUUGUCCCCCCCCACCCUAUUCCUGGUUCUGAGCAGCAAAUCACUGUGAGACUAUUUCCCAUGGGGUGGAGGAGUGGAGCUUGCCUUGCCCCCCCCUAUUGUAAUCCUUAAGAACAAGGUGCAGAGAGAGAAAGAGCUCUCAUGUGUAGAAAACAUUUGGGUGCUGGUGCACUCUAGAUCCAAACGGCUUUCAUGAUGUAUAAAAUAUCUCUGUAGAGGAAAUCAUUGCAUUGUAUAUCUGUCUUCCU